CGGAAAAUAGCUUUGACUCGAAAUUUUUAAUCAAAAUUUUAUCGUUAUUUAUUAUCAAAUGAAUCAUAUUUUAUAACUGUGUUGAUUUAAUAUAAAAAGAUAAUGAGUCAUCGGACUUCUCUAUGAAUUAAAUUUUCAUAUCAAAGGGAUAAGGAAACGAAAGGACUUGAAAGGACGUUUAAAAGAUAUCUAAAUUUCCGGUUUUCUAGUGGACGAUUUGCUGACUAAGCAUCAUAAUUGGCUGAUCUUUUAUUUUAGGAACACUGUUUCUUUUGUGCCUCACUCUAAGCAUCAGCAUGUAUCUUGGUUUCGUAAUGCCGUUUACGAUGCCACUGUUUUCUGGUCUACAGCAGUUUUAUGGCGAAGUGUUGCAGCAUAGGUUAAGGGGUUUACAAGCAUCAUUUGAAUGCUUUUUUCUGCAUUUCAUGGUCAAAGCAAACACCUUCAUUGCUCCUGGUCGAUAUUAUUGACCAUUCUAGUGAUAGAAUUUAAAUUAGAGUAGUUUUUCUUUAAUAGUGUAAGGUUAAACUUACUUUUUAGUUCUAAAAUUUGCUCAGCUCUAUUAGAUAAAUAUUGUCGCAUAAUGAAGUUGGACUGGAAAAUUCGAGAUUCUGACCACCUUUGGCUCAAAAAUUGAGUUGCUUGAUUUUUACAAAUCAUUGCUUCUUUUCUCAAAAUCAGUAAUUCAUUGGCAAGAGAAAUCAAAAUUGUACAAAAAAAAGUUCAAACUUAAAGACAUUGAGCAAUUAAUCCUUAGAUGGUAUCCAAUCAAAAAACGGACAUUUUGCUCUGAUCAACCUAAUACGUUAUUCGAGUUUGUUUAUUUUGUGUUGACAUUGUGUUCAAACAACUGGGUGAAGUAAAAAUUGAUCAAUAAUUAAUGAUUAAAGUAAUCCUAAUGGUCAUAUCUGGGUGGUUGUUGAGAUUAAAGGAUGAUAAACUUUAUUCUUAAUGUUUUUACUGAAUCGGAUAAUUUAUAAACAGAAAGAAGGUGUUGUUCAUGAUUCAAAAAUAGGUGAAAAUUCUGUUUCUAAACCUUUACUUUAUUAAGAUAAUUUUUUAAAGGUUGUUGCCUCAACUAAUCCCAUCAUCAUCGUCAUCAUCAUCAUCAUGUGCUUCUUCUUCAUUUCUUCUUAUCCUACUUUAGCUUCUCAGGUAUUAUUGAGCUUGACCUGGGUUGGGAUGUAAAAAGAACCAGAUCCCGUUAUAUACACACUCAAACACCUUCUCCAUCUUUUUGAUCAUUACCUUUCUUUGUUGGAUCACUAAAAUAAGACCAGUUUUCAGGCUACAAAUAGGCUGUUCCCUUAGCUCAUUGUCAUCAUUCUUGAAUUUGGUUAGGUCUAAGCGUAUGUCUUGUUACAGAAAAAAGAAUGUACUAAAAUGAUCAACAUAAAAUAAGUGCCAAAAGUAAAUCCAUCAACGUGUCAUCCAAAAUAUUACAGCAACAUUGUUAUUAGUUAAAUUUAAAUAAAUGAUUGGAAGAAUUGCUUUUUGUUCCCUGGUUCUUUGUAGCCUCCAAUGGUCCCAAUUAGCGGAUAGUUUAGCAGUGAAGAUAACACAUAAAGUUAAGUUUGAUGUUUCCAUUGGUGGCAGAUCAGCAGGAACCAUAACAUUAGGAUUAUUUGGUGAUGUUGCUCCCAAGACGGUCAAAAAUUUUGUUACCUUUGCUGGCAGAGGUCACAAUGGUUAUGGUUACAGAGGAUCCAGAUUCCAUCGAGUAAUUGCCAACUUUAUGAUUCAAGGAGGAGAUGUUACCAAUCAUGAUGGAACCGGAGGAUUGUCUAUCUAUGGAAGAACGUUCCCAGAUGAAAAUUUCCUUGUUCAACAUAAGGAACCUGGUAUGUUAUCCAUGGCCAACGCUGGUAAAGAUACCAAUGGAAGUCAAUUCUUCAUCACCACGGUACCUGCUCGUUGGUUAGAUAAUAAACAUACAGUCUUUGGUAAAGUAAUUGCUGGUAUGGACAUUGUUAGAGCUAUUGAAAGGCUACAAACAAAUGCGCAAAAUGAUGCUCCUAUUCAAAACGUUAUCAUUGAAAAUUCAGUAGUUGAAGAAGUUAAUCAGUUUAUUAAUCUAAGACAGUGAAAAGAGUGAAAUAUCCAUCAGAAUCGAUUCACCACAAAAAGAAAUAAAAUUCAAUACUGAUUAUUGGUAAAAUUAAAAGAUGAUGUGGCGUUCAAACCAGUUAAGGACCAAUAGUAAACAAAGAGCUGGCAAAGACAAAAGUAAACUCUACUUAUUAAUAUAAGUCAUCAAAGUUCAUAACAGUUUCAUUUUUGCUCAACUGUUAAAUUUUUUAUAUCUUUUUAACUCUUUCGCAUGUAAAUUUUCAUUUCUAAUAAGAGAAUAAACGUUUUUUAUUGUAAAUUUUGAACUAUUCAGUUAAAGCUACGAAACUGAA